CAGGAAGGCCCAUUUGCUCACCUGCUCCAAAACCCUAGAGCCGUCACCAAUGGCGGACGCCGAAACCCUAUCCACGCCCCCCCGCGCCUCCGCCUCCCCCGCCUCUGCCUCCACCAAGAAGAAGAAGAAGAAGAAGCACUCCAAGAAGCACAAGGCCACCGACGAAGCCCCCACCGAUGCCACCGUCGAAGCCACCACCGAUGUCACCGACGAAGCCCCAACAGAUGCCACCGACGAAGCCCCCACCGAUGUCACCGACGAAGCCACCACCGAUGUCACCGACGAAGCCCCCACCGAUGUCAUCGAAGAAGUCCCCACCAAUGUCACCGUCGACGCCUCCCUCACGGGCGGUUCCUCCUACGCCGCGGCCGCCCCCGUGGUUGGCUACUUCCCCUCCGGCUACGACCCCCUCGCCGCCGCGGGGGCGGAGUCUGCCCCCCGCACCCGGCUCUUCCGGCACGAGAAGCACCCCACCUGGGUGGACCUCGUGGUCCGGAGCCCCGGCGGCGGACCCGACUUCGUCGGCCGGAGCUAUGCCGGUGAGGCUGCUGUGCCUCAGAUCUGUGAGUAUGCGCUCGGCGUCCUUGACAAGGCAUCCGGCACCCUCAGGGUCGUUCCCAUCACCGCCAAGAAGAUUCUGAGGCUAGAGCCACAUCAUGAAGUACAGCGUCCAGCACAUUCGCAGCACUCUGAGGUGGCAUCAGAAGCGGCUUCAGCUGCUGGAAAUGAUGAAUUGAAGGUUCAAGAUCUGACCAUGAUGUAUGGAGCCAAGAUGGACAGGGACAAGGACAAUAAGUGGAGAUCAUUAAAUGAACAAAGGAAUGAUCCUUCUGCUUUUGAGGACAUUGACCUUGGAGGAUCAGAGACUGCUGCCAACAUCAUUGAUAGUCAGGAACCAGUACUUACUCGGAACAUUCCACCUUAUGAUCCUACCGCAGAUACAUCAGAAAAGGCAUAUCUUUUGGAUGAGAUUAUUCCAAAGAGUAUGCGGCAACACCUUUUAGAAAUUAUCCAUCAUUUUGAAUCAGGAGAAUUUUCCUCAAAAGGCUAUGGGAGUUUUGUCUCAAAACGUGUGCACAAGUUGAACGAGCUUCAGGGUGAAGAUAAAGAGCGGUUUGCUUGGAUACUAUCCUACAUCCAGCAUCUCCUAUCUUUAUUUGCACGGAAUGGCUCCAUGUCCAAAAGCCAACGGAAAUGGAGAAAUGAAAACCAGACAAACCGUGGACCAGCAACCCCACCGGCUGUAUAUCACAGGCUGUUGCUGAUGUUUACCGAACCAGGGUCCAGAGUCAUGUCAACAGAGAAAAAUGAGCUUCUGACCAACUACAUAUUGGUCCUAACACUUUUUGCCGAUGACUUCAGAUCUAGUCCUAACGACAUAUGUGAGGACCUUAAAAUGACCUACCAAAAACUUAAACCAUAUUAUGACCAGUUGGGGUGCAAAUCUGUGUCAUUAGGUCCUUUCAAGGGCAGUGCUGUGACGCUUCCAGCCCCUCUCAAGUUCCCAACGGAUGUCACAAGAAAGCGGCGACGGCGAUAGGGCUAUCUCAAGGAGAGAAACCAAUGGCUAUUCAUCUCAGAAAUGGCUUGCAUUACAUGAAUGGUUGGAAAAAAGACCUCUGAAUUCCAGUACUCCCAGUCAAAGUCAAGUUAAAGGAAAGGAUGCUAGAGGCCUGAUUUUGCAAUGUACUGGAAAUGAAAAGUUGUUCAGUGUUCUAUUUCAUUUUGUUUUUGGUUGCCCAUCGACAUUGUUGUCAAGAAAGGAAACAUGUCAUCUAUGUAUUGAUAAAUAUUUGCUGACCUGUACUAGUGAGGCCUUGUUUAGUUUGAGAAAAAUUUUGGAUUUCGCUACUGUA